AUGGCGUCCAACAAGUACACUCUGGCCACGCGCCUCACACUCGCAAAUGGCAAGUCCAUCCCCCAGAUCCAGUUGGGUCUCUACUGCAUGUCAGGCCGCGAAGCCACAAAGUCCAUCCCAUGGGCCCUGACCGCCGGCUACCGCGGCUUCGACUGCGCGCAAAUGUACAACAACGAAGCGGAAUCAGGUAAAGCAAUUGCCGACUUUCUUGCCAGCCCUCAAAACACGCAGGGUCUGAAGCGCGACGACGUGUUUUAUACGAGCAAGCUGGCGAGCAGCAGUACCUCGUACGACGCCGUUCGCAAGUCGAUCAAGGAGUCUGUUCAGGUUGCUGGGCUGGGGUACAUUGAUUUGUUUUUGCUGCAUAGUCCGUAUGGUGGCAAGGAGGCUCGCUUGACGAGUUGGAAGGCGAUUGAGGAUGCGAUUGAUGCUGGGGAGGUGAAGAUGGGUGGUGUCAGCAACUACGGUGCUGCUCAUAUUGAAGAGUUGAUGGCAUCGAAGCCUCGUAUCGCACCCGUCAUCAACCAGAUCGAGGUCCACCCCUUCAACACGCAGACUCGCAUCAGAGAGACCUGCGCCAAGCACAACAUUGCCAUUGAGGCCUACGCGCCGCUGGCCCGCGGCAUGCGCAUGAAGCACCCCAAGAUCCUGGAGCUGGCCAAGAAGUACGGCUGCACUCCUGCGCAGCUGUUUGUUCGCUGGUCUCUGGACCGUGGAAUGAUUACUCUUCCCAAAAGUGUGCGGCAGGAGCGUCUCAUUGAGAACGCGAACGUGGCCGAGUAUGAAAUCUCGCCGGAGGAUCUUGCUGUGUUAGAUGCGCUUGAUGAGCACUUGGUGACCGAUUGCUGGAAUGGAUGCAUACAUCACGUGGCUGAGAACUACCUAGAAAACUGGUCGAAUUUCCUCACCUUUCCUGCUUUCCCCGCGCCAACCCCUACUCUCGCUACCGUCAACAUGCGACUGCUAAACACCGCGACGCUCAAGGUCAAGGAGUUUGUGAGCGAAAGACCCAAGUACGCCAUUCUUUCCCAUACAUGGGGCUCGGAAGAGAUCAUUCUCCAGGAUACGGAAGCAGGAGACUGGGCUGCUUCUAGUAUCAAAGCUGGAUGGAAUAAGAUCAAGGGCGCUUGUGCGCUCGCUCUGGGUGAUGGCUUUGACUGGAUCUGGAUCGACACAUGCUGUAUCGACAAGUCUUCGAGCUCUGAGCUAUCCGAGGCCAUCAACUCCAUGUUCCGUUGGUACAGAGAAGCUGAGAUCUGCUACGCCUACCUUGAAGAUGUGCCUCAGUUGAGAUACGCCCCGCUUAUUGGCUUUCUGAAUCUCGCUCCUGACCUGGACUCGAAUCAUGUUACCUCCAUCAAAAAGGAUCAGGAUGCUUUCCUCAGGAGCCGAUGGUUUACACGAGGGUGGACUCUUCAAGAGCUUAUUGCACCACAAAGAGUUGACUUUCAUGUUUCAGACUGGUCCUUUCUUGGGACGAGGAGUGAUCUUUCGGGUAUCAUCCACGAACACACCAUGAUCGACAAAGAGGCUCUCGAGUCAGAAGGCGUAGAAAAGCUGUCAAAGUUCACUGUGUGGAGUAGAAUGCAGUGGGCUGCCAGCCGAGAAACAACUCGCGUCGAAGACAUGGCUUAUUGCCUUUUAGGCAUAUUUGACGUCAACAUGCCGCUUCUAUAUGGCGAGGGAGACCGUGCGUUCCGCCGCCUCCAAGAAGAGAUUCUCAGAACCAUUGAAGGCUAUAGCUUAAUGGCCUGGACGUCAUACGAUACGUCGCCCCAGCCGCUCAGAAUAUACUCAUCGGCCCUUGCGUCGCAUCCGAGAGACUUCGGCACUAUGAGAAUAGAUACGAGCCAUGUUUCGGAAGCUGCGAUUAGAAGAGAUUUUGACAGUGGCAUGCAAAGGAUCAGUGUGCGAGGAUCAACGUGUUCAAGUUUGAUCAAGCCAGACAAAGAGUUAAUGCUCAGGUGCAUUAAGCCUUAUCUGAGUGGCGUCACUACUGACGUUCAUCAACCGCAUCUGAGGCCUGAUUUCUCUCCGCCUGCGUUAUCGCCGCGGGGUAUCUCAAUUACCAUGUUCACGAACAGGGGAUUGAACCCACAUCCAAACACUUGGCUUGCGUGGACUGAUUUGAACAUUCAUUUACCGAACGGCAUAUAUUGUCUCUGUAUCAUGCUUUCAGAGGAAGAUAAGUAUACAAAUUGCGCGGCUAAGGCGUAUCGGCGCGAUACAGAUCGACUCUAUGCGGUCCCCUUUGCGAUGCUAGAGAUGUUUCAAUCGACAACGUUCUAUCUCCGGGCAACUCCAGCGUACUACGUCGAAUCUCUAGCAGAGUCCUGGAAUCUAAAGCCCGAGAAAUCCCGGCUGCGAUUUGACAGGCGGAAUGAGGCUGUGUCUGCGACCGUUCUUGCUGCGUACCCCCCUCUGAAAAUGGAGAUGAAAGGGGAUGCGUACGCCUUCCAGACGAAACCGGGGGAGUUUAGAAGAGCAGUCGCAUUUAUGUGCGAUCCAAUCUGGGCUUUCGUGAUCGAAUUGGAGGAAUUGAAAGGACAACGGCGAGUGUUACAGUUUGCUGUCUUGUAUGGAAAGGAUUCAAGGCCAGAAUCUCAAUCUCAAGAGCAAAGGUGGCGCUGUAAAGUCACACCAGCACCCUCAAAUGUCGGCGCAUCCAUCGGGUUUUAUUCUUUCGUGCGCUAUUCUGACAGAACUGCGUCUCUUCAACAGAACUCGAUUCGGCAAUUCCCAUGGGGUGUUGUUGGGGCGGUGGUGAAUUGGGACAUAAAGGAAAACCAUAGCGUUGUUGAUGUAAUGAUACAUCUAGAGAGGCAGCCUGAACAACCGCCUCAGGACUUAAUCACCACGACGCGCGCACUGGAUUCCAAAUCGAAAUUGGAGUAA